UAGAAGGCAAAUGGGGAAGCGAAUGCGAAGAGGCAGCUCAAUUUGCUCCUGUUCUUCUCCCCGAUCGAGUUCUCUCAAUCCAAACUCUAUUUUCUCCUGGUACGAAGAGGAUAUAUGGACGGAGAUCGCCAAAUACUUGGAUGGAAAAUCUCUGGUGAUGCUCGGAGCAACGAAUCGCUGGUUCCAUCGCAUCGCCAUGGAAGAGUGCAUAUGGAAAUUUGCAUGUCUGCGAGAUCUUCAAGUCCCGGAACCCGAACGCGUGGCUUUCAACUGGAUUGAACUUUACGCUUCAGCUUUUGAUGGGAGUCACUCUUACUCGUUUGAUCAACAAGACAAACACAUAGAUUGGAUGAGAAUCGGCGCGUUUUUCUUUGAUUCGCCGGUUGCGCUGCUGACGGAGAAGCUGUCGUCUCCCGUAGAAAUCCCACGAGGAGGGACCACAAAGAAAAUGGUGCAAAGUACCGGCUCUUGUGUCUUGAGCAACAUUAAAACUGGAAUUUGGAUAGCUGAUCUACAGCUCGUAAGAUGCCCUGUCUGCAACCUUAACACCUGCGAAGGGACGAUGCAGACAUUAGAUGUGAGGCAUAUUGAGCUGUUCUUAAACGAGGAGUUCAAGAAAGGGAGCUGGCAGUAUGAGGAAAUCGGAAGCCACGACAUAAAGAAGCACACAGACUGGGCCUGCGGAGGCAUUUUCGACAUCAGGCACCUGAAGGAUUCUUCUACCUCUGAGGUUUUGGAUCUCCGAUCAUGGGUAGGGAAACCCAUCGACUGGCAACCCAAGGCUCGAAUAACUCUACAUGCAGUCGCCGUGAGCACCAACUUGCAACAGAAUGAAGGAAUUCAAGUAAAAUACCAUGCAAUGAAGGGAGGACCUGAAGGCGAAAUUGUUUCCAUACGAAUCUCUCAGCAACUUAUCUGAUUAGUGAUUUCUUGACCAAA